GAUACGAACUAGAUACUUUGAAGGUGCUACUAGAAGUCUCUCUGAAGUAACCAAUCUAAAAGAAGGUCUGAAGAUACCAAUUAUCGAACUACAGACAUUCUGAAGAACCUAACGGUUGGACCAAGACACUCCAGAUCAUCGGAUUAAAGACACUUCAAUUCGGACUAAAGACAUCUGAAGAACGCAUUAUCAGACUCAAGACAUCUGAAGAUUCCAAUUAGCGGACAAGAGACAUCCAAGGAUCGAAUUAUCCGACUAAAGUCACUCUAAAGACACUCACUGAGACACUCUCAAGACACACCCAAAUACCUUUUCUACCCCAUGUCCGUCCAGAACGCCACAGUGUUGGUGUCACGGCUCGUGUCGCUCAAGGAGGCCUCACCCUUCGUGCUCGUGCUCGACUCGUUGCAGCAGUCGUCCUAUUACCUCUUCCAAGAGUUUGUGCACAGGUGCUCCAACAACCCCAUCAUAUAUCUUUCGUACGAAACCACCAACCGUCCGUCGUACGCCACGGCCUUCGUGGACUGUGCGGGCUUGUUACCACGUGAAGUGGUGGCUGCUGUUCACAAGGAGGCCAAAUCAGUUGCUGGUGGCCAGACCAAGACGUUGGUGCUCAUCGACUCGUUGAACUACAUCGCCAACGAAGAGCUCACUCAAUUCGUCAGCAGCUUGAUCCAGCCUUCGUUGACCGUGGUUGCUUCCUAUCACACCAACAGCCCCCAGCUGGCGUCUACCAUUGCCAAUUACCCUGGUCCAGUGAGUCUUCUCACCUACAUCGCCAGCUCGAUCUUCGAGGUGGAGCCAUUGACCCAUCAGCGCAUCGACGACGAGCUCUUGGAAGCUAAAAUCGAACGCUUGGAGUUUCCUAUUCGUGCAGGCUUGAACGACACCCGUUCAAAGGUGACUUUGACCAACAGAAGAAAGAGUGGUCGCUCGUUGAUCUACACGUUUACAUUCGAUGCUUCCAAGCACGAGUUCGAACCGUUCAAGGUGACUGAGGACACCAUUGGUCCCGAGGAUGAGAGCUUGUUGAAGGACCUCACCACCUUCAACUUGACCACCAACUCCAAGCAGCGGUUGGCCCGUGAACAGGUCGAGCUUCCGUUCAUGGAAGCCCAGGAAGCCCUUGGCUCAGCGGGAGGAGCCAUUGUGUACGAGUUUGAGAAGGAUGAUGACUACGACGAAGAGGACCCAUACGAGGACCCAUUUUAGGUAGGAAACAGGGUUGCAGUGUAAACACCACUGCCUAAUUCCAAAGGUGUACUAUUAGUGUGGAUACAGUGCUUAUCCAUCGUAUUUGGCCCCGGAUGUGGCCAUAACCCGAAUUAUAGAGCUGUGAAGCCUGGGCACCGAGAAUAUCCUGCGCUUAAAUGAAAGAAGUUGAUGUAAGGUCAACGAAGAAUGGUUGGGGUUUUAUCGGAGAAACUAGAAGAAAGGCUCAUUCCCCCAAAGGGAAACUGGCAGAAUCGAAUUGAAAUAAUAUAGAUAGCUCAAAAUGCAACGUCUUAAUGUUGGCUGCAAAUGUAGCUAUAAAACCCCCUAAUUCAUCAAGUAUAG